CCGCAACUCCAUAUUGUAUUGUUGCAUCUAGACACAGACUGGAAUGGUGAACCCUUUCACGCUACGUGCCUAGUUCGCUAGGCAAGCAAACUGGCAGCAGCCCUACUGUAACCUUGCUUGGGUCCUCGCAGUGACCAUGACAUCUCUCGCUGUUUGCCCCAGCCGCCAGGGGCUCAUACUAGGCCGUAAAUGCUUAGGUGUCGCAGCACUUCGUCAGCCUUGCAUCGGGCAAAUGCGACAGCGUAGGGUUCACGCCCCCUUCCCUUGUGUCGCCGACCAAGUUAACGCUUCCACUCAAGCACAAGAUGAUGUUGACGGUAUCGAAGUGGAGAUGCACGCGGCGAGGGAAUCCGUGGCGGGAAAUGGCACAAUGCCCAGCGCAUUGCUCGCAGAGGCCGAGGACCUCAAGACCAAAUUCGAGUUAAUUCAAGAGGAAAUUGCGACUUAUAAGCAGCUUUCGGUGGAUAAUGAAAAGCUUGAAGAGGAGGUCGCUCGGCUUCGGCAGGAGCGCGAGGAGCUCCUGUCCCAGCUGGCCGCGCAGGAGGCUGCGGGGCAGCUGGCGGUGGCGGCGGCCCGGCAAGAGGGCGACGCGGCGCUGCAGCUGCAGCAGCAGCAGCUGGAGGAGCUGUCACUGCAGCUGCAGAACUCGCAGGUGCAGCUGGAGCGGUUGGGUGAGGCGGUGGAAGCGGCGGAGGCGGACAAGGUGGCGACAGUGGAGGCGCUGCAGGCUGAGAACCGGCAGCUGCUGCUGGCCCUAGCCAAUGCCGCCAAGCGAGUCGCGGACAUCCUCUACCCCGCCGGCUCCCUGCCCGGCUCCCUCUCGGUCUCCACACGCCUGGAGGGCAACGCGGUGGAGGUGGUCCGGGAGGUGCUGGCGGCGCAGCAGCAGCAGCAGGAGGAGGCAGCUGCUGCUGCUGCUGGCGGACCCAUGGGUCAUUCAGCGGCGGCAAUUCACUCGCGGGGGCGUGAGCAGUGGUGUGCCUGUUCCUCGCCUUUGGGGCGGUUUGUUGGGUGGCUGGCGGGUGCUGUGGGCUUCUGGUUGUAUCACGCGGUGGGGGCGUUGGUGUUGUAUUACGCGUCUGCGAUUUGGCGUGGGCGGCCGGCGACGUUGAAUCUGGAGUUUGGUGUGGGGUGUGUUGCAGUGUGCACGCUGCUGUCUUGGACCAGCCGGCUGCUGCUGCCUCGGCUGGGGGCGUGAGGACUGUGAGGAGGGGGCGGGGAAAUGCAGGCGGCUUGGGAUGGAAAGGAUACGACCAAAAGUUGAUAACAAUACUGGCAACCCAGUUUGGGAAAAGGGCGAAGGAGGGGCUAGACAGUUUGUUUCUGGUUGAGUGACUGAUACCUCUUUCGCAAGGCGGUUCAUCAUGACCUGGUCAUCUGGAUAAGACGGCGAGGAGGAGCUGGUAGCGGAUGGCCAGUGUGUCGGGGUUGCUAAGGGGAAGGGGAGGAGGCCGCCAUCGAGCUUAGGGUAGGAAGCAAAAGGAGGCUAUACCGUACUGUUACCGUCAUCAAAGGUGCAGUUGCGGGAUUGUGGCUUCCAGGUCUUCAGAAAGCGUUGUAUCAGAUGUGGGACUGUACGGAUCUUACGGGAUCAAACUGAUGUACGUGUACGGGGUAUCUGUUGUGACAACCAGUGUUAGUGCUGUGCGCCUUUGGAACUCUUACAAUGUACGGCAGUGAAGAUCUCGGACAUGUGCGAAAGUUGUGAUGAACAGAGGUGCGAAAGUUGUGAUUGUCAGCGUUCGAGCUGUGCGCCUUUGAGGCUCUUUCCAGGAACGGUGAAAGGUGUGUUGUGAAAGGCGGCAGCGAUGGCAGCGUAGGACGGCCAACAGGAGGGUAUCCUGGACUUUAAAGCUUUUUGAAGGACAGCAUGGGCAGCCGUUUUGCAACGGGCACUUGACAUAACCCGGAACUACAGAGCAGUGUUUGCAGAUCCUUUGCUUGAGUAAACCCUGCGUGUGUCAUGAGUACUUGGUGUAAACCCGGUUAUGUUACGUUAUUAUGUUGGGGAUGUUGCCAUCAGGCUUUGCCGACCUGAUUGGAAAUGAUUAGGGUACACGUACGAUACCAGUUCGGGGACAGAUGGUAUGCUUAGACCCGUUGAUGAACAUGGCGAC